GCUUUGCGCUCUUUCCGUCACUUCCUCCUUGUGCGUCGGUCACUCAGCGCUUAUCGAGCAUGUAGUGGUGCUGGGUUAUUUUUUUUUUGUUCGCUUUAAAUUGUCCGUCUCGGUGCAUUGGGGAUUUCUAUUUAUUUCUAUUUUUUAUCACCAAAUACCCCCGGUUUCACACGUGUACACGUGUUUCCGCCAUGCCCAACAUCGUGCUGUUCAGCGGGAGCUCCCACCAUGACUUGUCCCAGAAGGUGGCCGACCGCCUCGGGCUCGAGCUGGGGAAAGUCAUCACCAAAAAAUUCAGCAAUCAGGAAACCUGUGUGGAAAUCGGUGAGAGCGUGCGAGGUGAGGAUGUGUACAUCAUACAGAGUGGCUGUGGAGAAAUAAACGACAACCUCAUGGAGCUGCUGAUCAUGAUCAACGCAUGCAAGAUCGCUUCGUCGUCUCGCGUCACUGCCGUCAUCCCGUGUUUCCCCUACGCCCGACAGGACAAAAAGGACAAAAGCCGUGCACCGAUUUCCGCAAAACUGGUGGCCAACAUGCUGUCAGUAGCCGGAGCAGACCAUAUAAUCACCAUGGACCUUCAUGCUUCACAGAUUCAGGGAUUUUUUGACAUUGCCGUGGACAACCUGUACGCAGAGCCUGCAGUCCUCCAGUGGAUCCGAGAGAACAUUCCAGAGUGGAAGAACUGCAUUAUUGUCUCUCCUGAUGCCGGUGGCGCUAAAAGGGUGACCUCCAUCGCUGACCGGCUGAACGUUGAGUUCGCCCUAAUUCAUAAAGAGCGCAAAAAAGCUAACGAGGUGGACCGGAUGGUGCUGGUAGGGGAUGUAAAGGACCGAGUGGCCAUCCUAGUGGACGACAUGGCUGACACGUGUGGGACCAUCUGCCACGCUGCUGAUAAGCUGAUCUCUGCCGGGGCUAUAAAGGUUUAUGCAAUUCUUACCCACGGCAUCUUCUCGGGUCCAGCAAUCUCGCGCAUCAACAGCGCUCCUUUCGAGGCUGUUGUCGUCACUAACACCAUUCCACAAGAGGAGAAGAUGAAGCAGUGCCCCAAAAUCCAGGUCAUCGACAUCUCCAUGAUCUUAGCCGAGGCCAUCCGGAGAACCCACAACGGCGAAUCCGUCUCGUACCUUUUCAGUCACGUUCCAUUGUAAGAGAAAAAAGCAGUUAUACUUUUCUUCCUCCUCCAUCACCAAUUCCAGUAUCAUCCCCGUGUGGGAGGCCGGCGAGUCGGUCCCAUUCGGUAACCAGCAGCAAGCGGCCAGCUCUUGUUUAUGAUGUCCACAUCACUGUCCUGUUAGCAUUCCGUUCACAAAACAAACUUUGGGACAAUUUACAGUGGUUUUGUUCUCAAUUUCCAAUUUAUUUUCUGGUCUUGGUUCUGAUUUAACCAAAUAUCUGAUACCGAUUUUACUUCCGUUUAGUCAGUCAUUCAUUUUUUCCCCCAAAAGUAUGCACAUGUAUAUAGUUUCCCUACAAGCAGACUAUCCAAGAUUAUAAUUUUUGUCAGGUAUUUAGUUUAGCCGUUAAUGCUUCACAUUUGGCUUCCCAAGAAGUUUUGUAGCUUAAAUAAAGAAGAAGCAGAACACGUAUAUAGACGCAUCUCUGGGUCAUUUUGUGACUUUAUAAUUCGCUUUAUUCUUGGAACUGAUUUAACAUUGAAGCUGAUUUGUACCAUUUUAAGGCUGAAAUGACCCUUAAAACAGCCAAAUCAGAGAAAUGUAACGGUUCUUUGGCUCGAAUCCAACUGUUUGGUCUUUAUUGCAGCACAAUUUUUUGCAAACAAACAUUAAAUGCAAAAUCUCUCUCUUUUUUUUUUUUUUUAAUUAAUCUCCAAUCAGUUAUUAAACACAGUUCAGAGCAGAUGCUUUUUUUUUUUUUAAGCUGCCUACAUUUUCAUGGAAAUGGCUAAGAGACUGUUUGAGACCACACUGACUUUGUUUAUUUCUUAAGUGCUAGACUGCAGGAGUUACAGCAUUUGGGAUUUACAUGAAAUCUCCAUGAACAUCUCAUGGGUGAUGCAUGGACUAAACACUGUAUAAUUUCUGUUUUACUCUUCAUACGUUUUAAAGCACAUUAUUACACAAAGGCACACAUCAUAUAUGUAUAAAUCAGCUGUCGUCCAGCACUGGUGAUAUCCAGCAGUACCAGCAUGAUUAAACCUUUUAGAUCAGACUUUGGCUUUUUGUCAUGGUUCAAAGGCAUAUGCAAUGCUUGCACCCUAAAACAGCUAGCAGAAAUUAAAUAAAAUUCAUAUGUGAAACCUAUGUGGCUUAGAAACCUUAAACAUUCCAUGCUCAAUAGCUUUCAUCAGAAUUAUACUAAUACAAAAUAUGUUGGAGCACAGUAAGAGUUUUCACCAAUGAACUCUUGUUGUCCAUCAAUAGAUUUCAGUACGGAUUAUAGAAACAGCAUAAUGAGGUGGUGGAAUCCAUAUUUUUAAACACCGGGGCAUUCCUGGGUACAUUCCACAGCAUCUUUUACCACAUUUCACAAUACAUGACGCAUAAUGCUGCUUUUAUAAGCAUUAGGGAAUGCAUUCCAAACAUUAUAUUCAGGACACUGAUCAAGUGUUAAUGUCUUAAAGUGACCAUGAAAAUAAAUGUAUGCUUUGACAAA